AUACAUUCGACGUUGUGUGUAGACUGUGUAGAGAAGAGGGAGGCUAAUUUUUUGUGACGUCACAAUCACAUGAUAGAGAUUUCUUGCAGUUCCCAACAGCUCGGCUUUGCAUUGGACUUUUCUGAAAUUUAGCUCUGCUCUUUGGAGAUAAUUACCGUUCGUGCCACAAACGUGUCCAGCCAAAAGAUCAAGCUCCAAAAUGUUUCGAGCUGGAGUUCCUAUCUUGUUGCUCCUGCUUGUGUCGCCAAUUUACUGUGCGAUAUCAGAUCCUCUACCAUUUACAACAACAACUGAUGCGCCAGAGACAACAACGAAUCCCGCACCCACGACGACAACACCCUCAACCACAACCCCUGCAACUACGACCUCUGCGACCACCACAACAACAAGCACCGCCGCACCUCCUACUCCAAUUCCAGUUCCUCCAGAAAUUGGCAACUGGAAUGUCACUGAUAAAAACAAUAUCACCUGUCUGAUGAUCCAGGCUACAAUUAAGAUGUCCAUCGAAUAUACAAAGACGGAUAACAAGACCGGAAGCGUGGAUCUUGUUGUCCCCAUCAACAGUGUUGCGAGUGGAACAUGCGACAACGAAACGCAGAGCAUUUCCAUCUCGUGGGCCCCAGUGGGUCUUCCAGCUGGCCAGAUGGAUAAGAUCGACAUUGUUUUCACCUUGAACACCACCACCAAGUCGUACCAUGUUACGAAACUGACCGCCAGCGUUUACCCAACUAACUUCCCUGGUGCUGCUGGAAAAGAUGUUAUUACCCUGGAAUCAAAAACCAUUCAAACCCAGAUCCCACCCAUUCCCCUGGCCAUGUCUUACCGUUGCACGAAGGUGGAGUCAUUCAACCUGACUGGAAACUCGACCCUGGAAAUCACCCAGUUGCAACUCCAGGCCUUCCACGCUGCCACAGACAACAAGUUUGGAGCUGCAAGCGACUGUGAGGCUGCUGAUUCUGCGGACAUUGUGCCCAUUGUGGUCGGUUGCGCCCUCGCUGCUCUGGUGGUGAUUGUGCUGAUUGCGUAUCUUGUUGGCAGGCGUCGCUCGCGCCAGAGCGGUUAUCUGUCUAUGUAAAUGACUAGCAGAAUCCACUGCACGCCUUGAUCAAUCAAUCGUUGCCACUCUCAGUCACAAGACAUGAAAUUUCUUAGCAAUAGUAGAUACAGAGAAAAAAUUUAUUCUAUAUUUUAUGGGGAAAAUGGAAUGUUUCGAAUGCUGCAAAAGACACAAAAUUUGUAGAAUGUGGCGUGCAGAGGAAUGAUGUGAUACAAGUGGGGGUACAAUUAUUAGAAUGGGUUUUGUAGCGAAUUCCAUUUUUGAUUGACUGAAUAUCUUUUUCAGUGGAAUGAUUGGUGCCACUUUUAAAAGCUAGUGCGAACUGAAUAAUGUUAAGCUUGCCCACACCAAAUUUUAGUUGCAAUAUUGUGAAAGAUUCCAUUGUUUAUGUUGGGUCUGAAAGUCAAUAAAGGACAUUUUGCAGA